GCCUGAGUUGCAUCCUUGAGCAGGAACUCUCAUUGAGUACCUAUCACUGUAAAUUGAGUUUGGCCGUUUUCAACCGAGGUAUUCAGGGUGUUUUUUUCUCCUCUCAUGUGAAAUGGGGCUCCCGCCUGCAACACCUGCUCCUUCCCGCUUCUUGAUCUCAAAAAAGCCAAGCACCCAGCAAUCGCAAAGUCAAACACCAAAUCAACCAUUCAGGGGAUCGAGCCAGUUUCAUGCCACCCCACGAUUUGCUACUUCGACGCCCAGGCCGUCCUCAACCCAGACAGGGGCCGCCUUUGCUACCCCAGCGCUAGUCAUCAAAUCCAGAGUGCCUAGGAAUCGCUCGACCCAGGAUAUCAUUGAUGAUAGCUCGCCCAUAUCCCCUGAAGAUGGAUCACCGUCCGCCUUACCAACUACCCAUGAUGCACUCCCCGAACCCAUCGAGGUUGACUCCUCCCUCAUUCCACAGUCGCUUUCUCCUGAGGGUCCUGGAGAGGGGCGGCCCCCCAAACGCAGGAGAAUAUCAAUAGCCUCAUCGGAGCCCGAGGUAGACCCGCUGGUGAGCUCGCAGAAUUCACAAGACACCGACCUCGGCUCUCUACCGGACGCGCCUAAUGACUACAUCGCAUCCUUCUAUUCGGAUGUGGAGGACGAAGAUCCCGAGGCUGAUGAUCAGGGCACAAUCGUCUCACCCACUCAGUCCAUCCCCUCCUCCCCGACACACCAUCACACCCCCGGAAGGGGAGAAGAUAGAGAAGAAUCAGAUCUCGAUGACUUGGAAAACGACGCCGAAGCAGCAGCAGACGCCGAAACACCUAAACGCGCCGAUACGAAACCCGCCUUCCGGGUAGGACCACGCUUCAAACUUACCGAACCGCCAGAUAAAUUCGCACCCCAUUUCGACACCUACAUGUCGGCAGACAUCUUUUCGCCUCAACGGCGGGGGACCAAAUACCUCCCAGGGGGCCUGGCCGCAGAGUUACGUGACUGGCUGGUGGAUGUGAAGGGCGGUGUCGACGGCGAGGGGGAGGUCAAAGCUACUUCUUCUGCUCUUAGUUUUACGUCUGGUACUGGUGCGGCGAGGGUGGUAGUAGGUGAGGUUUCACGUGGUGGCCCAGGGAUGACCUUGAUUUCCGGGAGAGUAAUGGAUGAAGAGGCGGAAGGUGGGAUACAGGAGGAUGUGAAUGUGAGGGUGAUCUUGGCUGGUGAAGGGAAUAUCGAGGAAUUGGGAGGGAAAGGAACCGGGAACAGGAAUCAGGUUGCCUCUGGGGCGGUGGUUGCUAUUGCGCCGCCUGCUUGGGACGUUGAGCUUGAUGGGCAGUGGGCAGUUGCGUACCGCUGGGAGGUUGUGAAAGGGGCUCAGGGGAGUGAUGGGUGAGAGCCGACCAUAGAAAAGUGGGUCCGUAGGGGGCUUGCCCGGGCAUCGAUAUCUUCGAUUGUGUCUUGGCAGGCGCUCACUCUCAAACUCACUGUCUCAAACGCG